AUGCCUCUUACAUUCGGAAGAGACAUCUCGCCCCUCAGGGAACCCCUGAGAAAGCCAUCAGGCAAUUCGCCGCAUAUUCUUGUUAUAGGAGGAGGUGUCGUUGGCCUUGUAUCGGCAUGGGUUAUGCUAGAUCGUGGUUACCGUGUCACGAUAUUGAGCAAAGCAUGGGCGAGUGAUGAGCAACGCCUGACCUCACAGAUAGCAGGCGCGCUUUGGGAAUACCCACCGGCAGUCUGCGGCCAACACACAGAUGCCAUAUCCUUGGCACACUCAAAACGGUGGUGCAUGACGGCUUACCACAUAUGGGAUGCGAUUGCUUCCAUCCCGUCUGUGAGCCGAGAAUCGGGUGUGCGCAUGAUGCCGUCUGAUUUCUUUUUCCCCUGCAAGAUUGAAGAGGAUCCUAGACAGGCUUCAAAGAUGGCCGAGAUAAUGGCGAGCGGCGUCAGAGGAUUCUAUAGAGGAUCUGACAUCAUCGACGAUAGAGGAGUCGACCCAUCGUAUGGUGCUGUUGAUGCUUACGAACUGAUGGCCCCGGUCAUCGAUACUGAUCAGGCCAUGCACUGGCUGACGUCGCUUGUUGAGAGCAAAGGGGCUCGCUUUGUCACCGAGACAAUUCGAGAGGAUCUCAUCAACAUCGAAGACUCGCUGCGAGCCAGGUUCAACGCCGACGUUAUUGUCAACUGUACUGGGCUACAAAGCUUGACACUUGCAGGUGACUCAACCGUCUACCCUAUCAGGGGCGGCCUUAUCCGAGUCAUCAAUGACGGCACAGUCUUUCCCAAAUUGAAUGCCGCAUUAACAAUUACCGCAGACGCGGCUCAUUCGUCAAACGAAAUCGUCUUCUUAGUGCCCCGGAAUGACAACAUUCUCCUCAUAGGCGGUAUUACUGAGCCCCGCGAGUGGGACCUGAAUCUGACGUUAGAGACCCCUAUCAUUCGCAGAAUGCGGGAACGAUGUGAAAAGUUCUUGCCCGGGCUCAAGGAUGCGCAGCUCGACCCCGACUACCCAUUGGCACAGGGCCUACGACCAUUCCGCGGGUCCAACGUCAGGGUAGAACGGGAGCUUCGGAGAGCAGGGAGCAGGAUUGUUCAUUCGUACGGUCACGGAGGGGCUGGCUGGAGUUUGUCAUUCGGGUGCGCACAAGAUGUGGUAGCGUUGGUCGACGAAACACUGAGUGGUGUUCCCGCCAGACCAAUGGCGGGCAGACUUGGCAAACGCGGCAGGAUGGAGAUUACCGCUUCUUUGUGA